UAGGCGAACUAAAUCUAAAAAAUAAAAUAAUAGGAUUGUAAUUUAAUUUAAUUUAUUUGUUUUAUUAAUGGCAACUACAUCUACAACUACAUCGCUGUGAGGAAGGAGGAAAGGGCAUUAAAGCUCAAAGUUGGAAGGCAGGACAAUGCCGCCGUCUGAAUUUCUCCACGAUGUGGAUCGCGAUACAGAGCUGAGCCAUAAGGAGACCAUGCAAAUGAUCAAUGUUCUGCUGUUUGUGACUAAGGAGAACCGGGACUCUCAGCAGUACGAGGCUCCUCGAUUUUGGGUAGCGCAAGAGUCCGAAUGGGGCACCCUGCAACGUCACUGACGGACGAGGACUUUAUGCUGUGGAAUGUGGAGUAAGAACAGCUAAUGCAGCCUUAUGGACCUCAACUUUGAGCUCUGCCAUCUCAACCCUAUAGAAAAUGUUUACUUUAUUUGUUCUUUAAAAAUUAUGCCUUUUUCGGGCCAGGACCAUUAAACCCUAAGAAUAUUAUCGAAUUUUGUUCUGAAUGA